CAUAACUGUGUAUGUUGAGUUGAACAUAACAAUAGUAUUAUGCAUACAGGUAUGGCACCUGGACAAGCCUACAGGCACCAUUUGCUGAAGAUGGAACUUGACGAAGACUUGUACAAUCAAGCCAAGAAAUCAAUAAAUCCUUCUCCGAAGUCCGUCGAGUAUAUGUGGAGUACAUGGAAGAAAAAGGAACAUGGAGGACUGAAUACGCCGUCAAUGUUUGAUGCCGUCAAGACAUACGCUGAAAAAAAUCCGGACCUCAUUAUAAAGAUACACAAUGAAGGGAAUCAAUUUGCAGUUGUUUUGGUCACCCCAUUCAUGAUGAGGGCACACAAGCUGUUGCAAGAAGCUGGAGAAGUUGUAUUUGUUGAUGCAACAAGUUGUGUUGAUCAGGUCAACACAGCAGUGAUACCACUUCUCUGUUCAGGACCAGCUGGGGCUGUACCAUUGGCUGUCCUGUUCACCUCAUCUCAAGAUGAAGCAACACUAACAAAAGGAUUUGGUAUGGUAAAGGAGGCGAUUGGGGAGGAUGGAUUUUUUGGUCAAGGAGGUCCACAAAAUUUCAUGACAGACAACUGCAAUGCAGAAAGAAAUGCAUUGGCAGCCAUUUGGCCUAAUUCAAAACAAUACCUCUGCAUUUUUCAUGUUCUCCAACAAGUAUGGCGCUGGCUUCUUGAUUCUAAACAUGGAAUCAAUAAGAAUGAUAGACAAGAAUUGAUGAGUGCAGUUAAACUACUUCUUCAUGCCGAGUCAAUUGACAGAUUUGAAGAUCAACUGGAGAAAGUUCAGCACCAUCCUCUUCUUCAGAAAUAUCCCAAUUUCAAGAGCUACCUAAACACCUUGGACCAAAGAAGAGAGGAGUGGGCAAUUGCCUACAGAGCAGGUGCAUUGUUGAGGGGUCACAACACUAAUAACUAUUGCGAAUCAACAAUGUGCAUCAUAAAGGAUAAUGUCCUUAAUAGAUGUAAGGCAUAUAACACUGCACAACUUGUAAUGUUUAUGGCUGAAAUCUUCAACUCCUUUAUGAAACAACGGAUAGUGGAUGUAGCACUCAACAGAAGGCAUACGAAGAGAAUGAAUGUCACCAAACUGCCUUUAGAAAGUGUUGUACCCUUGGGGAGUGGGUUGUACCGAGUGGGAAGUGAAACUAAUCCAGGACAAAUGUAUGAGGUGGAUCUAAAUAUUGGUAUUUGCACGUGCACAAAAGGAAAUACUGGUGCAGUCUGCAAACACCAAGCUGUAUGUGCAGACAGUGCAAAUCUAACAGUUCCUCAAAUGCCUAUGCUGAACAGUAAUACCCGUCACCAGUUGGCAGUGUUGGCUCUAGGGCAGAAGGACGCCCCCAGUGAAAAUUUCUUCAAGACACUGAAAGAAAUUAAAAGUGAUGAAGCUAGUAAAAGCAACAUUGAAGCUGCAGUGAAGUUUGGAAAGAGUGAGGAAGCCUGUGAAUUAAAUUUUGAGGUCAAAGGGGAUGCUGAAGAAAUUUCUCCUAGCUGCAGUAUGGAAACAGCAUCGGUGUCAUCUCAAACUAGCAGUGAUCAUGGGGGCUCUUCAUCUUUAGCUGACAACAUUCAUGAUGAGACCAAUAUUGCUGUAGCAGAGCUUUUAAAAACAUCCAAAAAAUUUGGUAAUGAGGAUUCAGUCUCAGCUCUUAAAAUGUUCGUCCAGAGGCUAAGAUCUGUUAAAACCUCAAAUCAAUUUAACAGCUUUCUUCACACUGUGGGUGUGGGUGUGUGUGCAAAAGGUAGCUAAACGUCCUCGAAACCUAGCGGAAAAUGUUAGGAACAAUGUGGCCAAUGCCAAAUCACAUGGUAGUGGUCACUAAGUCAUCCUUCUCCUGAAUCUCAUGCUCUUUAUAUUUCUGCCAGAAAUCAUGCCAAACCUGAUCUCUAAUUAGCCAAAAACUCCUUCAUCAAUAGAAAAUAUCAAAACCUGUUACCUUCUAAUUCCCCUCGUGAUUUCUGGCAUCUAGCCAAAAAAAUCUCCAAUUUCUCUUCUUCCUUCCGUCCUCUAUUUCAACCCGAUGGGUCCACAUCAGUCACUUUCUAUCUCUAAGGCUGAACUCUUUGCUCAAACUUUUGCCUAAAACUCAACUCUGGCUGAUUCUGGUCUUGUUCCUCCUUCUCCACCCAACUCUGACUAUUAAGAUUCUUUGUAAUUAUGUUUUUCAUACCCUCUCUGGAUUUAAUCUUCGGGAGACUUGCGGACCUGAAGGAGUCCUUCCUAUUGUUCUCAAAAAUUGUGCUUCUGAGCUCACACCCUGCCUGGUAAAACUUUUCCAUUUCUGUCUACCUAAAUCUACUUUUCCUUAAUCCUGGAAGUUUUUACUCAUACAGCUUGUUCCUAAGAUGGGUGACUGCUUCACUUUGGGUGUGGCAAUCUAAGUGGGCUUUUUUGUUUAUCAAUCAAUUUCUUUUAGUUUUGCCCUUGGCCACCACACAUGAUGUAAAAAAAAAAGUACGUAUCAUUUGGUACUGCACUACAAUGUACGCUAACCCAUACUCUGCAUCGCUCCAAAAUCCUUUUAAACACUAAUUCCAGGCUCACACUGAUAUGCUUCCAUUUUUUUGUACCAUUGGUGACCAAAUUGAAUGGUAUUACCACUGUAAAUUAGGACUGUUAAUUAAGUAUAGCUAUUCUGAAAUUAU